AUGUCCAGCGCACAAGGAUCUGAAAAGAAAAAGAGCUUGAGAAAGAGCUUGGGGCUAUCGUUUUCUUCCUCAUCCAAGCGGAAAGAUGUUUCUGAAAGUCGACAAGGAGAAGGUCGUAGGUCUUCUCGGGGCACAGAUGAUCGGCGACGAGCAAAAAGUACUGGUGGUAAUGCUGCUAAAGAAGACAGCAAACCCAAAAUUGUGAAAAAGGGUGAAGGCAUCGUGAGGAGGAUAAGAUCUUUGUCCAGAUCAAGAUCGCGAUCGUCCAAGGAGUCGUCGGGACGAUUUUCAUCCGAAGAAAUGCCUAGAACAAUUGUCACGGUGACAUCUUGUAGGAGUGAUGGAUAUUACAACCAAAAAGCGCCUGGGUCUACCUCAAAAUUGCCCCGGAAAGCGCCCACAAAUCUAAAGCUCUUCCAUGAGCUUGCCGUAGGAAUUAAGGAUGCCUUUACAGCUGUCGGAAAGACACCCAUAAAACCCGUCUUGGUGAAUGAAGAUACUGGUGAAAGAAUGAAUGAGGUUGAGUUUCAACAAAAGUCUGCCUUGUGGGAAUUCCUUGGAAAUAUUGACUUUCUUCUGGCUCUUGUUGAUGAGGUCGCAGUCGAUACAGCUACACGAGGGGCACUAAAGGAUGAUAAGACGUUCAAAGGAGUUCGUGAUGUGAUCAAGAAGUGUAAUAAGGUUCUGGAGGAAAUGCUUGUUCGAAGAGAGAGGCGUUACACCCUUUUCUUUAGGCUUCCGGAAGACCCCAAAGAUAUUGCGCGAAUCAGGGCAUGGAACGAAAAAGUAGAGAAGGCCGUGGGUGCGGUCACUGAUUCUCCGGCCGCCAGUGCGGUUGAGAAGGCAGAUUCAGAAAGCGACACUUCCAGUAUCUCGAGUGCUUCAACAUCAGGCACCAAAGGUCCUAGUGUCUUUGCGCGUGGUCGUCAGUUGUUACCAACUGCAGGACGAGUUCGAGCUCGUCGUGCAACUCCAACACCCACUCUUCGUCGCAGAGCUGAGAACGGUGAAGAAGGUUCAGGAAAUGCCGCUGAAGAUGGUUUCGCGGCGGCAACACCAGUGACACAGGGAAAUCUAGCUGCUUUGCAACGGUCUCUGCAGACAAAUAAUGACCAAAAGAGCGGAUCUAUCCCAAGUGGUUUGAUGACAGCUCAAGCUUCUCAGCAACUCGCUCCACAGCAGCAAAUGGCACCAAAGGAUGAACUGGUUGACGUUAUCAGAGGACUACGAAUGGAAAAGAUAAAAAAUCGAGAAAUGGGUUCACCGGAGAGUGAUCUUAUCGCAUUAAAGCCAGACUGGCGACCAAAGGCUGAUAUUCCUUCGUCCGUACCAAAGCUUCCUCUGGAGUAUAUUCAUCGCCAUCGCCUUAUGAAACAAGUCGUCAGCUGUCUUUUGGAUCAAGUUGGUGCUGGGCCCCGAGAUGUGGACGAAGAAGCUUCCGAGAAUGCAAUCAUUACCUCGAUCACAUCGCGGCACGGUGACAAGGCAGGGAAUGGAAAGACUAUCCUCGCCGUGGCUGCGAUUCAAACUGUUGAAGUCCGAGAACGAUUCUCUGACGGUAUUGCUUGGGUCCGACUUGGUAGAGGUCCAUUGUCGGAGCGGGAUAUCCGUCGGUUGUACGAAGAAAUCUAUCGGCAACUUGUGGUCAAGGGCACAGAGCUGGAGGAUGACCCAGAUGAAGAAGAGAUUAGGGAAUUGAUGGCAACACCUUCCGGUGGAUCAAGUUUCGACGGUGGGGACAAGGCUAUGACUGUGGAACAAAGACGGCAGUCCUCAAAAGAAGAAGCUCAAAGACAGCGUCUCGUCGCACUUGCAGAAAUGAGACGUCGGUUCCAAGCAGGCGAACUUGAGGGUAUGAAGGAAGAUCUCGGAAGGCUACUUGCGAACAAGAAGUACUUGAUUUGCCUUGAUGACGUCUGGCGGGUGGAAGAUGCGAAAUGGUUCGUCUUUGACAACCAAAUAAUGAGUGGAACAAAGCAAAAGACCGUCAGGCGAAGACGGGAUGCAGAUGAGAUUCCUGGAAGGCUUUUGAUCACAACUAGGAUGCCGAAUCUGUUGGGUCCAGGUUUGGUGCAAGAAGUGUUUGUUCGCAUUCUUACGGAGCAUGAAGCCGUCAAGCUUUUGCUUUCGACAGCUGGGCGUCGGCCCUAUGGCGGAAAAAGUUCAGAGGUCUUCAAUCAAGCAAAGCUAGUCGUCAAAGGGUGUGGCAAUUCUCCCUUGGCUGUUAGACUGGCUGGAAGCAUGCUUCGCCAUAGCAGCAGGAGCUGGAAUCUCACUUCUCCAGCAUGGGCGGCAUUGAUCCAUCAGUGUCGCCUGAAUCUGGAAGAGGCAUCUCAAUUGAGAAGUUUCGUCAACGCAGUGAAAAGAGUGGUAGAUCUCAGUUUUUUUGACGUGGCUGAUGUCCGAACGCGUGUUGCGCUACGCCGUUGUUUUGUUGCAUUUGCUAUGGCUUUCCGUGACAAUGACUGGGCAUUGUCCGGGAGAGGAAUCCCGCAGUCAGUCGUACUUCGUGUGUUCAAGACUGUCAUUCCAUCGGGAAAGACCGGCAAAACGAUCUCUUCUGCCAGCAUUUUGAACAUGAUGGAAACGCUAAAUCUAAUUGAACGCGCAAGGCACGGACUAUGGUCUGCGUCGAACUCGAGAAUGGCGCAAACAGAGCCUAGUUUACGCAAGCAAGAUACUCGUGGUAGCGACGACAAUGAUUCCGAUUGGGAGGAGGACGAAGAACGGACGAUACAUCGUGUUCAACAGUUCUACGUUAUGCAUGAUUCGCUGAAAGGAGUAGCCGAAGAAAUGGCCAAACGUUCAACACCGUCUUUGUCUCCCGACCCCGACGAUUUCACCUCAUACGUUGAGAAGAUUGCUGAUGAAAAGAAAGCUGGACAAGAGUAUGCAUUGGUGUCAAGCUCUCCCUUCCGAUUUCUAUCGAACCAACCCGCGCCAUCUGAAAGCGAAUCUGAUAAAUUCGGCUUUACUGAAAGCGAAGCUCAUCGAAUCGUCGUGAUAGCUUUGCUCGAAGUUGGAGAUGGUCUGGAGGAUUCAACUUCAAUGGCGGAAGUUCUAAAGGCAAGGCAGAUUGACAUGGCUUUGAUUCCUGGAGGAGAUAAGAUGGAGGAGUAUGUUGCAACCUUCCUUCCGUCGCACCUAAUGCGUUUCGAAGCCUUUGGAAGCGCGGCGGAGAUCCUUUCUGACACUAACUUCAUCAACCGGCGAGCACAUGCACUUGGAAUUGUCGAAGCUACAAGUAGACAAGUCGCAGAUCUUCAAGAAUUGCGUCGGGUUGCCGGCAAUGUGGCUCUCACCCUUUAUGGGAAACGUGUUUUGGAUGUCAACGGUGUCAAUACUGAGACCAAUGGACCUGUUCGUGUUGAUGUCAACACUGUCGUAAGGGAUGGAUCCAGAAUCAUCAUCGACGAAGUCUUGCGCAUUGCUAACAAGCAAGAUGGUGCCCCCGAUUCGCUUGGAAUGGCGAUGUGUCUUGCUGCCGUUGGCGAAGGGCUCCUCAAAGCACGUCAACCUAAUGAUGCAAUGCUUCGCCUGGAGGAAGCUGUUGGCCUGUUUAGAGGUUUAUUGGGACCAUUCCAUACUUUCGUUGCCGAUGCACUACACGCUGCAGCCAAGGCACUAGUAAAGGUUGGCGAGACCAGAGUUGCGUUGUUGAAGUUUGCGGAAGCCGCAAGGAUUUAUGAAGCCUGCAAGGCGACACUAUACUACAACUCAAUUGCGAAUGCACAGAGUCUUGCAUCGCUACUUGUGGAUCUUGGGGAUAUGGAAAAGGCACAAUCCAUGUUCGAGGAAGUUAUCUCCAUGAGAAAGAGUGUUUAUGGUGAAAACUGUGUUCCAGUUGCGAAAACGAUCAAUUCUUACGCAAUUCUCCAGGCUAAACAUGGGCGAAUGAAUCUUGCAUUGCAGAAUUACGAGGCUGCAAAGACAACAUAUCAGUCGGUCCCAACACCUCUUAUCCAAGAUCCUGAGUUUGACAUCAAGUGCAAGUACGAUGUUACCCUAAUCAAUCUCAACAUUGCUUCUAUUCGUUCCAAGAAGGGAGAAUUGCAGGCUGCGAUAUCCUGUUAUGAGGACGGUGUGCAAGGUCUUCGGGAGUACGAGGCAGCAUUUGUAGAAUUGCAGAAGGAUCCUUUACGGUCUCAAGAUACAGGAAAAAACACUGCACAUAAGCAUCUUAUCGCAGCCCUUGGCAGAAUCGGUUCCUUAAAGUUGAAGGUUAAUGACAAUCCGGGUGCCCUCAAAGCGUACAUGACACUUCUCACAGAAGUAAAGGAAGACAGCCCUGCGGCUUCAAAGACCGAAAAGGCAAAAGCCCAUAUUAAGUGUGCCACAAUCUAUCGUCAACAAGACAACACAGAUUCGCAUGUUCAAUCAAUUGCACACCUCCGAGAAGCUCUGAACAUGUACACUGAAAUUUUUGGACCUGAUCACAAGGAUACCGCGGCAAUUGCGUCCUCUUUGAGGCAGUGGCUAUCUGAAGAUCACCAACAAUGA